GGUGGGUAAUACCCAGGUGAAGGAGAUGGGACUGUAUGCAAGGGAGUUUAGUCUAACAGUAGCUAUUCCUGUAAAUCCACCAUGGCUUCUCCUGCCUCCAGUUGUUGAUCUGGAAGUGUUGGAGAGACUACAGAUACCAAGGGAAGGCAUUUAUUUCCAGUAUAGAGGAAAGUCGGGGAGGGGAGGUCGAGAGGAAGUGACAGAAGAGAGGAGGCUAUUUUUACAAGAUUAAGGGUGGGACACGGCUAGUUAAAUAAGAACUUAAAUGUGAUCGGAAAUCAUCCAACAGGAAAAUGUGAUUAUUGCCAGGGAACACACACCUUGGAGCAUGUAUUGCUACAGUGUGGGAAGGAGCGAGGCUGAGAUCCAGUAUGAGGGAGAAGGGGAUACAGGAAACUAGCUUAGAGUAUAUUGAGUAGAACGUCAUUAGAUAUAGUCACACAUAUUUUAUAUUUUUAAGAGCAACGGGGCUGGCAUGUAGGAUUUGGUUUCUCUCCGUACUCCAGUACAGUAGGUGUCGGUAAUGCACCAUAAAGUUGGAUGCCAAUCGCUGAUAAACCCCAUCGAAGAAGAAUAACACGUCCUAACGUCUUGUUGAUGUUCCUGAAACGCUAUGAUAUAGACAGAACCGCAAAGCAUCAGAUAUGAAGGCGGCACGUACAAUGAUUUCACGAUCUAAAAUCGAACCCUGUGGCCGCACUGCGUGGUGUCAACGACACGAGAUAUUCGAGCUCCCCCACGUACCCAAAUUGCCAAAUUAGCUAGCAAGCUAGCCAACUAGCAGUGGUAGAUUUGAUACCUUCCUGGGGCAUAUUGCUCAAGUAUUUUUGACUUGCUGCAUGUGGUGUACAUGUAAAGGUCGGGAAUGCAUUUAUCUAAGAAAUGUUCCGCGUUCAAAGUGGUGCUCGGCGCUCUGGUGCUCGUGGCACUCUUACAAAUGAUUUACCUCUCCUUCCUAUCGAAACUGCACGGUAAGCAGCAGCGCUACCGAUACUCAGAGCUCUUCGGGAGCUCUGGCAAGAAAAAUGCCAACCCGGAGAAAAACUCACGGAAAGAGCGUCUCAGGUACUCUCUGUCCACAGGGGGUAUCUUUGAUCCCAGCGGACAAUACCGCGUGUACAAGAACUUGAUAAAAAGCGAUUUCUCUACCAAUCAGAAACCAGGAGCGGAUGCCAGCUCUCACUUCUUGGCCUUGGCAACGCACACAUCCAUCAACAACUUGCACCACCUGAAUUCUUUAGUGGAAAGGUGGCAAAACCCUCUCUCUGUGGCCAUAUUCGCUCAUGGCCAAGAUGUCAAGUUUGCCACAGCCCUGGUCUACGCCCUCACCAUUUUCUGCCCUCAGAUCCAGGCCUUGGUGGACUUUCACUUGGUGUGCCACUCUGGGCAGAUGGCCAGUUUCCCAGAGCAGGACCGGGAGCAUUUCACCGGGCUUGAGGACUGUGCCGCUGUGUUUGCCAGGCUCGAGACGCACCGAGACAAAUACCAGAACUAUGCCAUUGGUGGAAAUGGAAACGUCUCCUACCCGAAUAAUCUCCUUCGGAACGUUGCCCGUGGCGGCACGGAAGCCAACUACAUCCUGGUCAUCGACAUCGACAUGGCGCCCAGUGCUGACCUCCACCAGCAGUUUCUGGCACUGGUCAUGAGACGUGAACCCGCCACGGACGAGAUCUUCGUGCUGCCCGCCUUCGAGAUCCGCCACGUACGCAAGAUGCCUGCCACCAAGUCGGAGCUGGUGCAGCUGUAUCAGGUGGGCGAGGUGAGGCCCUUCUACGAGGAGCUAUGCCCGCGGUGCCAGGCCCCCACAAACUACUCUCAGUGGGUGAACAGACACAGUCAGGGUUUGGGCCCCCUGGAUGUGGCCUAUACAUUAUCCUGGGUGGACCCCUGGGAGCCCUUCUACAUCGGGCACCGCACCGUGCCCUUGUAUGACGAGAACUUCAGGCAGUACGGCUUCAACCGCAUCAGCCAGGCCUGUGAGCUCCAUGUGGCAGGCUACAGGUUCUCCGUGCUGAACUCUGCCUUCGUGGUGCACAAAGGGUUCAAAGUUCAGGGCGAGUUCCACAGCAGGAAAGACGAGGAGAACCGAAGGAACCGCCUGCUCUUCCGCAGCUUCAAGGAGGGCCUGAAGACCAAGUACCCCUCAUCCCCUCGACGCUGCUGAGGAGACCAGUGAGGGUGGUCCUAUCAUUUCCAGUGGUUUCCAGUGCCCUCUGACCUUCAUCCAGCUCAAGGAGAACAAAACAUUGAAACUUUUUACUGACACAGAAUAUUUUGUAAAUAUGACCUUGUUCUAUAUAAGUUGGGACACUACCAUAGAGAGAUGCAGUCUAUGUAGCGGGAAAGAGUGAGUGGUCUGGGUCUACCACUGUUAUGAUACCAGCGUGUUAACUGGAAAAAGUUAGUUAUUUAAUACCUGCAGGUUUUACAAACACUGAUGAAUGUUUAGAGAGACUGUAAAAGCAAUGGAUAAUAUACAUGUUAUUCACUACUACUGACAUAGAUACUCUAUUUAAUUGAAAUGCUCACUUAUUUAUAAAGGAUUAGAUUGUUAUGGUUUGUGAAUAUUUGAAGUGUGAAGUGUUUUGUGAACACUGAUGUUGUUUUCUUAAAGGUGAUCAGCUGUUCAGGCCAAGUACAGUGUGUAGGCCCUAGCGUCCAUCCCAAAUGGCACCCUAUUCCCUAUAGACUACUAAUAGAACAAUAGGGUGCCAAUCGGGACCUACCCAUAGUCUGCAUCCUGGAUAUUUGGCGUGUGAACAUAUGGUACAGUACUACUAUUUUCUGCAUAGAUGGGGACUGACUCGUUAGACCUGUGAAGAACUUACUGUAGCACAGAGAAGCUCUGUACUCCAACCACUAAUAAAUGUUGUUUUUAGUUA